AUAAUUAUUUUUUCCAGUAAAAACCUGUAUGUGCUAUGGAAAUACGAGAUGGGUAUUCUUGAUUUUGUGUUUUUCCGAUCAAUUUCGCUUCCUUUAGCUGAUUUAUUGGAAUAUUUUCUCCGGGUUUUUGUUCAUUUACAUAUUAUUUGUUGCUGAAAGAAUUUUGCUCUGUUAUAGGACAAAGAACUUUCAGUUUUUUAUUUUUAUUUUUAUUUUUUGCCCCCUUCAUUUUAACCAAUACAAAUGAAUGAAAAUGUGGUUAAGCUACUAUGUUUUAUUGAACUUUGUAUACAUUCCAGUUGAGAAAUGGAUGUUCUGGAUCAUAAUUUUUGUUAUAAUUUAAGCCCAUGGUGAAAUUCUUUUGGUGGCGAUUUUUUGUUUCUUAUGCUGGGUGUUUUACAUUUUAUGGUUUUGUUCCACAUUUAGAGUGUUUGAUUAGUGGAAUAUGCGGAAUUCUAUUCUGGAUGAAGGAUAGGCUCAAACUUUAUAGGUCGAAAUGGAAACAGAACUAGAUACUUAGUUGUGGAUGGCAAGGGUGGACCACCUUUUGUAUUAUUGUAUCUGUCAUAAAAUGCAAGUAGAAAUUUAGGGUUUUUUGAUUAUUGGUUAAUUCUUUGCAAAAUUUGCUUAGGUUUGUGUAAACCAUUUUCACUAACAGAAGAGACACCCAAAAGGGACACCAAGAAAGGGAAGUGCGUUUUUUUAACUUAAUCCUGCACGUCUUUUGCGAUGGGAUGUCUUGCAAUUCUUUUAAAGUGGGUCUUGGGAUGACAAACUUUCAUGUCGUGUUUUAAUGUAGAAGUGAACUAUGAAGUUUACAAUGUUUUGAAAUGAUGGAUUCAAGAUCAGAAGAACAAGUGGACGUGGAAAUGGAUUCUAAUGAUGGUCAUGAAGCAAGUUUUUCUGUUGAUCAUGGUGAUACCGGUUACCCAGAGGCAGAGUUGAAUAAAGUUAACUUUGUCGAAAGACUUUCAUCUAAUGGAGAGUCUAUUGGAGAAUUAGGAAAAGUUAGCGAGGUUAUAACCAGACUGGAAUUAGAUUUAGCACGUUCUUCUGAGAAGUUGGUUAAUUUAAGUGUGCUUAUGAUGCAUGUAGCGACAAGGGAAGGUGAUUUUGAAGCCCUUGCUUCUGACAAGGGUCAUACAUCAGUUGAAUCUGAAGAGAAGGCUUUGGAAUUUGAUCUCUUAUCUGGAAUUUUAGAUUCAGAGGUGGGAGAACUGAAUAAAUUCCUGGCUGUACUUCAAAUGGAGUUUAGUGAUGCUUGUGAGCUGCUGUCUUCAUGCACUCGCUUGGAAGAAAAUUUCAUAGAAAUUGAAAAAAGGCUGCAUGAUUCUGAACAAUCUUUGAAACAAUCACAAGAUCAGCUUUCUGAAAUUAGGAUGCAAUCUACAAAGUUGCAGAGGACGUUGUUGUGUUUCAACAGAGAAGAAAAUUGGAUUGGUGACAAAGGUGUAGGCUUUGUUGAGGCUGAACAAUUUUUGGAUGUGAAUGCAAAGAUAAAUAUGCAAACUGCUGAACAACAAAGACAUAUACUGAGGAUGCUGGAGAAAUCAUUGGAAAAAGAGAUGGAUCUUGAAAAGAAGUUGACUGAAUCAAGACAAAUUGAAGAAGAGCUGAAACUAAGGCUGCACUCAUCUGAAGAAGAGGUAUACUGCAUGGAGGAUGAAACAGCAAAUGUUUGGGAAAGGUGGCUUGAGGCAGAUAAUGCAUCUGCAGUUCUUAUGGGUCUUUCAAAAGAACUGUUGGGUCGACUGCAGAUUCUCCAGCUCAACUUGAACGGUUUAGCCAAAAAAGAGGCUGAACUUAGAUCAAAGCUUGAAGUUUCCAUGCAAGAACUGGAAGCUAAGGAAACUACUUCAAACAAGUUUGAAAGCAGCAGUGCUGAACUUAAUGACUUCUUUCUUGCACAGACAGACAACUUAAAAUCCAGCUUGAGGGAAGCUGAAGAUAAAUUAAUUCUUGCCAAUUCCGAGGCCUUUACUUUAAGAGAAAAGUUAAGUUCACUUGAGAAGCAGCUUAAGGAAUCUGAAUUUCAGCUCCUAAAUGCAAAGGUUUCUGUAGAUGGAAGUCAUGAGCAGCAUAAUGCUCUACUAUCUAAAGUUAGUGGAGUGGAAAAUGUUAUUGCAGAUUUAAAAGAAGAAAUAUCUAAAGCUGAAUGUAGGGCUCAGAGCUCAGAGGCCAAGUGCAAAUUAUUAGCAGAGACUAAUCUGGAACUUAUUCAAGAGCUGGAUCUUCUUAAGAGCAGCGGUGAUGCCUCUGCAAAGGUGGAUUCUCUUGAGAGGCAGCUGAGAGAAUCUGAUAUCAAGCUACAGCAUGCAAUUGCAUCAGCUGAAGCAGGUCAGGAGAAGCAAAAAUUGUUGUGUUCUACAAUUGGUGACAUGGAAAAUGUUAUUGAAAAGCUGAAGCAUAAGGCUUCAAAAGCUGAAAGUCUGGCGGACAGUACAGAGGACAAGUGUAUCAUAUUAUCUGAAUCUAAUGCAGAACUAACUGAGGAACUUAACUUUUUGAGGGGUAAAGUGGAAUGCUUGGAGGGUUCCUUGCAACAAGCUGCUGAAACAAAGAGGGCUACUGCAAAGGACAUUGGUAUCCAGACCGAAGCAAUUACAAAUUUGGUCAUGCAACUAGCUCUUGAAAGAGAGCGCCUUCAUAAGCAGAUUUCUACAUUAGCAAUGGAAAAUAAAAUUUUGAUACUGAAGGUACAGCAUACCAACAGCCAUCCCUCUGUAGUUGUGGGCCACAGUAAUAUACGAAAUGAUAAUGAACUUGUAUUCUCAAAGCAUGAUUUGGCUUGCACAAACAAGGAAGAAGUUACAGAGUUGUCUUCUGCUGGUUCUAAGAUGGAUAAGAGUCAGAAAAAUGUACCUUUUGGUGAGACUGAAACGGGACCUGUAGAUUCUUCGUCUGAGCUUGAGACCGUGAGAAGAAUUGAUGCAGGACUCUUGAAUUUUAAGCAUCUUUUCUUGGCAUUCCUCAUUGUAAUUAUUUCGGCUGCAGCUUAUGUGUUACAACAACAGAACUCCUCAUUCUGAUUGUGCUGCGAAAGUUUUGCAUCAAGCCGACUGUGGGGAGAGCCUGAGUACCCAUUUUGAUGAUAAUUGAUGGUUUUCCUUUUCUCUGAUGCCAAUUCUCAUCUAUUUUCAGUGAAUGCUGAGUACCUACUGGAUUAUUCUGCACCUCUGUGAUAGUAUCUACAAGUGUCGGCGAUCCUAAUAGUUGAGGAGGAAAUUUUGCUAGGGUGAAGGAACCAAGAUAAAUGGAACAAUUUCAGAGAUACCUGUACUAUAUAGGAACAGCUUCAAUAGUUACAGAAUUCAAUGAUUUCCACCUCUCUCACGUCUAUUUGAAUUUCCAUGUGGUUGUCCAUGCAUGUUAAGCAAAUUGAUAUCCUCCUACGUUGUUCAACCUUAAUCUAGUUUCCGAAGCUGUAUUCAUUUACUACUAGUUAUCCUCAACUCAUGCUAAAAGUUCUCGUGUUUAGAUGUUCUUCAUACUUUACUGAAUAUCUUCACACUUUUAGAUUCUCAAACUCUACUGAAUUCUUUGUACUUGUAGAUUUUCAAGCUUAAAUAAAUUCUUUAUAUUAUGUAGAAA